GAAUACUCUCACUUCCACUUUCACACAAAACCUUCUAGCUCGUUGUAUCUAUAAGUAACCCCCUUAGCUCUUGCAUUUCGCCACACCAAAAGAUAUAUACACAUCUUCUACUAAUCUUCAUUUAUAUCUUCUUCCUUCAUCUUUUCCAAAGGCUAUAUCAUGGGCGUUGUUACUAAUCAGACCGAGUUUCCUUCUGCAAUUCCCCCAGCCAAGUUGUUCAAGGUCUUUCUCCUUGAUGCCCACAAAACUAUCCCUAAGAUUGUGCCUCAGGCCAUUAAAAGUAUUGAGAUCAUUGAAGGAGAUGGAGGGUCUGGAAGUAUUAAGAAGACAACAUUUGCUGAAGGGAAAGAUAUCAAAUAUAUAAAGCACAAGGUUGAUUUCGUAGAUAAAGACAACUUCAUUUACAACUACACUGCUAUUGAAGCUGAUCCAUGGUUGGAAGGACUAGAGAAAGUUUCUUAUGAGACCCAGAUAGUUCCUUCUCCUGAUGGGGGUUCCAUCAGCAAGUGCACCACCAAGUACUACCCAAAGGGCGAUAGCAAGAUCGAUGUAGACAAAAUCAAGGAGGGCGAACUGAAAGCCAGUGGAUUGUUCAAGGCUGUUGAAGCCCACGUCUUGGCGAAUCCUGAUGCCUAUAACUAAAUUAUCAGUGUGCUAAGAUAGUUUUCUUGUUUCCUACUUUUGCAACUACUUAAAACUGGCUAUCAUGUUUUCUCUUUUAUUUUCUUUUCAGGGCAACAGAAAGCCAGUGGAUUGUUCAAGGCUAUUGAAGCCCACGUCUUGGCGAAUCCUGAUGCCUAUAACUUGCUAAGAUAGUUUUGUUGUUUCCUACUUUUGCUACAACUUAAACUGGCUAUCAUGUUUUCGCUUUUAUUUUCUUUUCGCGGCCAAAAUUGCAUUUGGCUUGGUAAUAAAAGUUUGAAGUUGUGUGUUGAA